AUGGUAGAGCUAGAGAAGAGGAAUUCAGUCGUGGACUCUGUGCGCUCUGCGUACGAGAGUCCCACCUUCGACAAUGAUGUGUCUAUCCGUGUAAACGAAGCAAUUGGCUCGGCAUCAAUAUCCCCUAGUGGCCGAGAUGUCGUGCUCGCAUCCCGCGAAGGAUUGCAUAUCAUAGAUCUCGACUCGCCGUACUCGCCGCCUCGACACCUUCCACACAGAUCUCCUUGGGAGGUUGCCGAUGUACAAUGGUCGCCAUUUGCGGUACGGGACUACUGGAUCAUCAGCACCUCAAACCAGAAGGCUUUGGUAUGGAAUCUAGAGCUGUCCACCCCGCGGGCGCCGAUAGAAUUCAUCCUCCACGCACACGAUCGAGCAAUUACUGACAUCAACUUCUCCGCCCACCAUCCGGAUCUACUUGCAACGUGCGCCGUCGACAGCUUCGUUCAUUGCUGGGACCUCCGGGUACCGAUCAGGCCAGUGAUGACAUUUGCGGACUGGAACGCCGGAGCAACCCAAGUGAAGUGGAAUAGGCAAGACGAGCACAUUGUAGCAUCCUCGCACGACAAGUUCCUCCAGAUCUGGGACGAGAGGAAAGGCGCGUAUCCACUGAAGACUAUCGAAGCACAUGCGACCAAGAUCUACGGAGUGGACUGGAACAGGACAAGAGCGACUGGAGUUCUCACGUGUGGUCUCGACAAGACUAUCAAGUUCUGGGAUUACUCCAGGGAGGAUAAUUUGCCGGAGCGCGUGAUUGAGACCCCGUUUCCGGUAUGGCGGGCGAGGCACACGCCAUUCGGAUGGGGUGCUCUAGCUAUGCCGCAGCGCGAGAAUACGGAUCUGCAUAUGUACGAUCGGCGACUCAAAGAAGGGUCGAAGCAGGUCAAGAAGGUUGAGCCUGUGUAUUCCUUUGGAGGACACAAGGAUAAUGUCAAAGAGUUCUUGUGGAGAACUCGCGGCGGCCUCGAAGGCGGAGUCGACAAUCGGGAUUUCCAGCUCGUGUCGUGGGGAAAAGAUAGGGAGCUUCGGCUUCACAAGAUCGAUGCGGACGUUCUCAAGACUGUCGGUUACGAGAAGGGCCAGGAAGUUCGCCGGAAGCUGAAUCUCACACGAAUCGGUGCGGUCUACAAGUCAUUCCACCACGAUUAUCCACUGCGACGCGUCUCGAAGGAUUCAGCAGUUCUCGAUGAGCAACCGAGAGAACAGUUGACUGGGUUGUUCCAGGCUGCAGGAAUGACCAAAGCCCCUAUUCCGGCGCCUUACGGUUAUCAAAAGGCAGACAGCUUCAAAGCGAGGUCAACGGGCAUGCAGGUUCGAGUUGCCAGCAAGAGGGCCAUGAAUCCCAUCACUUGGAUGGAAGGCGUUAAGAUCGAGCGCGGUACUGGAACUGCUCGUAGGCCUGGCUCGAGGCCGUCGUUAAUACCUGCGGAGCAAGGCUGGACAUACGAAACGCCAGAAAGCCUAGGCGAUGAGAUCACGGGAGCUGGCAUCAAGUACAAGAAAGUGACCUUCGAGAAGAUUGAUGUGCCUGGCCGGACCGCAACAGUUGCUCUCAGCGGACCGUGGGGUGCUGACAGCAAGCCAGCAUUUCUCCGCAUCAACCUCAAGUUCCCCAAAGUUUAUCCCAGAGAUGCAACUCCCAGGUAUACAAUCGAAAAGACGUCUUCCGUCAUCUCCGAUGACACCUUGGCCAAGAUGCACAUGGAAGUCCAAUCCAUAGCAGACUACCAUAUGACGCGAAAACGAGGUUCUCUAGACGCCAUCAUUGGGUACAUGCUCGGCGAACGCGGUCUCGAAGAAAGCAUCAGUUGGCUUGGUGAUGAGAUUGACCUGGCCGACAUUGCUAGCUCCAGCGAUGAAGAAGAUGGUGUGGGCGCCGAUUUUGCCACCGUACGGUCGCAGGAUCUGGAGAUGAGCGGCACAGAUGUCAUUGGCACUAUCAAUGCUAACGCAAAUGUUCCCUUGCCUAAGGCGUGCGGAGCUGUGUGGGCGGACAAUGGGCGCUUGGUCUGCUUCUUCCCUCCGAAACCGGAGCCGAAACCUCUAUUCUCCCUCGUCAGUCUGAGAGGGAGUGACCGGAUAUCGAGGAGCCAGCGCCUCUUUGAAGGCUUUGGCCGCUUGAACGGCAGCUCCCUGGGUGGAGAACCCAUGUCGUUAAUCAACGGAAAGGAGAAUGCCAGCGAUUUGGACUCCUCAUCGUCCAGUUCCACCUCCAGUUCAGAGGACAUCAUCAACAUUCCAGGACGAUUUCAGCCUCCGGCUGCCUGGCGUGGCGAUAUGGUGAGGUUCCGCGGCACCUCACAGAACUCGAGCACGGGCCUUGGCAGUGGUCUGGGAAGCAAGAUCAACCCAGUAAAGCCGAAAUCGUACAUCUCAAUCCAUGACAUGACCGAUAUCCUGCCAUCCAAGCGAGCGCUAGCAGAAGAGUACGAGAUCUAUGGAGAUGGUCCAUUACUUUGCGAGCACAAUGCAGGCGUGGCAAGGGGAUACGGCUGCCACGAGUUGGCGGACAUCUGGGAGUUCUGCAAGCUUAUCUUGUCCAACGAGGUUCCACUGGAGAUUAUGCCACAGCAGCAUCGCAGAGAGCAAAUUCUCGUGCUGGCAAAGCGAGCCCUGGUACGCAUCAAGAGGAAAGACAGCGGCCUCGACCUUGCUUUCGAUGAAGCAGAAGCUGUGGCUAAUCCCAAGCUCAAAGGCCGCGUCAAAUGGGGCCACCAUCCCUUCGCUCAGUCUUGGUUCAUCCCCAAGCUGUUCGAGCAUUUCGAAAAGCUAGGUGAUGUCCAAAUGCUCGGUAUGCUGGCUUGCAUAUUCGCCGAACCUGCGGCCAAAGAGGCCGUCUCGAACGCAAUGGUUCGCCUUCAACAGCCGCACUUGCCCAUGUCAAUGCAAGCGCCAGCUUUUUCCCUAGACUACUUCCCAUCUCAGGAGAUUGCUUGGAGCCUCUUCCAGCCUAAACUCUCAGUCCCAUUAAGGUCGACACCAACGACAUCCGGCUCAUCCACCAAUGUAGGAGCACCAUCUGAGAAGCUCGAGAAAAGACUCGAUAUCUACGGCUCGGCCGGCUCAUCCAACGGACCUUGGGGCAGCGACACCGGCCCCAGCGACCCCGCAACCCCCCACUCCGACGGCAUCACGCCGCCCGUACUCUCACGCUCCAGCACCUACCGGGGCGGCGGGUCCGUGAGCUUCUCCUCCUCCCCCGAGCACCACCACGUCCGACGAUCCCAAUCCAACCUCGCCAACGCAUUCGCCUCCCUCUCCCGCCCCUUCUCCAUCACGGCCUCUUCUUCUCCGCCAACCCACACCAAGCGCACGACCGACGGCGACGUCUCGACCUCCGCGCCCACGAGCGGCAUCACGUGGGGCACGAAUACAGUCUACGCGAGCACCAACGACGCCGUGCAUGUCCCAUCCGGCAGUGGUCAUCGCCGCUCCACCAGCCGCGCGACCUCCAGGCGCGGCACCGCCAUCUUCCCUUCCAUGGCCGACAUGGCGUACGACACUAACCCCUCAACCCCCGACUCGGACGACGGCAUCCACGAGCAGCUCUCCGACGACGAGGGCGAUACGCCGCUCCUUGCGUCGUCGUCGCUGUCAAACAGCACCAACACGCUCGACGGACUAGGCGUGUCCAUAAAAAUCACGCUGCGGAACCAGGAUCGCUUCGAUGAUGAGGGGUGUGUUAGUGCGCCGUUGCUGGAUCUGGGGCUUGCGGCCAGGUAUAGGGGGUAUAGACAGGCGUAUGCGAAUUUGCUCGGCGUCUGGGGUCUGCCGAUCCAGAGCGCAGAGGUGAGGAAGUUUGAUGGGUUGCCGAGUUAUUGGGGACGGGUGGAGAGGGAUGGGGGGAUGGAGGAGGCGGUAGGAGGAAAGGGGGAGAGUUUGAUGGUGGGGUAUGAGGGUUUGGUGGUGGGGGAUGGACGAGAUGGAGCCGGGAGGGCGGGCAAAGAGUGUCGGGUUUGUUGGACCAGGGUCACGGGGUUACAUCUGGUGUGCGAGCUCUGCUUGGGUGUGGCUGUUAUUGCGUUUGAAGGUUAA